AUGACUGAUCUGCAUCAAUCGGAGAUCCAAAUCUCCAACCUCCCGACCAGAUCAGUCGUCCUCACUCCCCAGAGGGCAACGAUCACUCGUGAGAUCCGCACUACUAUUCAUCCAGGCCAAAAUGUCAUCAAAAUCCAAGGCCUAGACCCCAACGUGGACCUGGACUCUGUCCAAAUUGACGGCUCCGGUCCUGCUACCAUAACAGACAUGCAAACAGAUGUUGUGCCACGGCGGGAGGAAUUCAACGACGUCUAUCCUGACCUCACAGUCGACGAGGAAAGUGAUAUCGACCAGGAUAUGACGACCGACGAAGAGGGUAUCGAUAUCGAUGACUCAGAACUGCAGUCUAUCCUUAAAGAAGAGCAGACCUUAAAUACCUCUCUUGCCAAGGCACAGGAUGAUAAGUCUGCGUCGCUGUUUGUGCUGCAGUUCCUUGUGGGCUAUGGGAAGAGUAUUGACUCGACUAAUUCUGAUCCCGCUAAGCUGAAUGAUUUUCUGCAGAUGUAUCUUCAGCAGAGGAAGACCGAGGGGGAGCGCGCGAGGGACACGGAAGUUAAGAUUGCCGAUGGGGAGAAGGUUCUUGAGAGGGUUAAGCGAAAGAGGGAGCGGUUGGAAUCAACCCAUACUAAGGCCAAGGAGGCUGCGUUGAAGGAAGUUCGGCAAGCUCGCGAGAAGCGCGUAAGGGAGCGACAUGAACGAAGGGCUAAACAGAGGCGGGAUAUCAAUGAGAAACGGCAGUUCUGGACAGAACGUGUCGGUCAGGUCAAGGUCUACCUUGACGGGCAUGUCUCUGCCACACCGGGGUCCAGUCGCCGGAGCUCGGUCACUGAGAAUGUUACGUAUGGUGGCCAGCCGAUUGAAGUGACCAUGAACUUGACGUAUAUCGUUCCUGGUCCGAACUGGGUGCCUCGGUACAACUUGAAGAUCAAUACCCCGGCUUCCACCGCAUCGUUGAUCUACAACGCGGACUUCCAGAACAACAGUUCAGAGACUUGGAAAGACGCUAAGAUCACUCUUUCAACCUCUCAUGCAGCCUUUUCAGGUCUUGAUGAACCAAUUCCCAUUCUCCAACCCUGGCAUGUCACAACCUGCUCGACUUCGGAUGAUAAAUCAAUCUCUUGGCAGGAUGUUUUGCGAAGCCCAGCUGAGAUAAACCACAACGUCAUGGCAACCAAGAUGAAUUGGUCUUCCGGAGCUCUUGAUGCCCAAGUACGCGCACGUGCGCAGAUUAUGGCCAACGCACGAAGUGUGCAAGAAUCCGGGAUGGCCCAGAACCAGCAGCAACAGCAACAGCAACAGCAACAGCAACAGCAAGCUCUGAUGCAGCAGGCUAUUGCACAGCAAGCCCCAAUAGCCCGGGGGCAUGGGGCACGCAGGGCAUCGCAUAUCACACCGCGCGAUUCUCUCCACUCAUGGGUCCCCUCAGCCCGGAGAGCACUGGGAUGGGGCACUAGCGAGGAUAAUGGGGAUAAUGGGGAAGCUGAUGACAGAGACAGCGACACAGAAACCAACGCAUCACCUAGUCUGGAGCGACAAGAUUCGGUUGCACAAAACUAUGGUCUGACCACAACCUAUGAACUCUCUGGCCUCCGCACCCUUGCUCCCUCCACUAGUCAUCGGCGCCAUCUUAUUGCUCAGUCGACCCUGCAGGCUUUGACCCUCACGCAUGUGAUUGUUCCCAAGAUACGUGCCGCUGCAUUUCUGCGUGCCAGAGUUAAAAAUACCUCGUCGGUCAAUAUCCUGCGCGGGAAGACUGGUAUAUCCGUUGAUGGGACCUUCUUGGGGUCAUCCACCCUGCCGAGUUGUGCGCCGAAUGAUUUCUUCAAUAUUUCCCUGGGAGUUGACCCGAAUGUUCUGGUGACAUACGCCAAGCCGACUGUUCGAAAGCUUUCUUCCGGGUAUAUCAGUAAAGAAAAAGCUGCAGUAUUUCAUCGCAGUUGCUGGGUGAAGAAUACAAAGAGUACAGCGAUUGACAUGAUCGUUUCCGAUCAGAUUCCGCUCAAGGACAAUGAACAGAUGCGCAUCCAGGUACUAGAGCCGAAAGGCUUGGAGAAAGAAGGCAGUGAGGUGGAUAUGGCGCUGGAAAGGGAUAGGGGUAGAGGGAAGGCAGUGAUGAUGCGAAAUGGUGAAGUCAAGUGGUUUGUUAGAUUGGAACCUGGCAAGGAUGUUAGGAUGGUGUUAGAAUAUCACGCUAAGGUGCCCGAUGGAAGUGCAGCGAUUACGGCUACUUGA